AUGCCAGCUGCAUCAGCGAAGGCCGUGAAGACUAAAACCGACAGGUGUCGCGAUCGCAAGCGCGCCAAGUCCUUGAAGAACUGGAUCGCCAAGCCGUGGGUCAAGCAGUACCCGAGGGAGGCUGCGCAGAGACACCUGCGGAAGUAUCGCAAGACGUGCGCAGCUUUGCGGGGCGAGAAGGCCGCCCUCGCUCAACAGGUCAAGCGCCAGCGCAAGGACCUUUUCAACAUGCGUCGCGAUGUCUUCAUGGCCCAG